CUCAUCUACAUUAAAUCAAAAACUAUUUGUGCAUGCACUGCUCAAACUAAAAUUUAAUUUUUUUUUCUUCUUUGUCUUUUUGUUCUAUCUAUCUAGAUUGUAACGAAGUGAAAAAUCUCCUCCUUUACCACCGCUUUCCACCUGUUCACAGUUCAGUGCUUCAACCUCUAUAUAUAACAAACACACAGGAAUUAGAAAUUCUCACUUUUCCUCUUUUCAUUUGAGAAAAAAUGGCUUCAAAAAUUGCAAGUACUAAGAAUGUGAAGAACCAGACUGCCCUGCUUGCAGCAGGGCACUGGUUGAUACUUUCUGUAGCUAUCAAUGUUGGGUUUUUGUUGAAGCUGAUACAUGACGGGAAUUUAAGAAUAGACUGGUAUGGCCUGCACAAUGGUCAAGACAAUGGUGGUCACCUCUCUUCUUAUGCUGCUGAGCCGAAGCCUGAUGGCCAAAUCCAAAAUAAGUACAUAAAUUUGGAUCAUGGUGAUCCAACUAUGUACCAGAGUUACUGGAAGCAGAUGGGUGACAGAACCGAUGUUGUCAUAUCUGGUUGGCAAUCUGUUAGUUAUUUUUCAGAUACCAAAACCGUUUGCUGGUUUCUCGAACCAGGUUUUGCAAAUGCAGUAACUAGAUUGCACAAGCUAGUUGGAAAUGCUGAGACUGGAAACCGGCACAUCGUGGUUGGGACAGGAUCUACCCAGCUGUUUCAGGCCGUAUUAUAUGCCCUCUGUCCAUACGAUGCUCCAGAGCCAAUGAGUAUUGUAUCUGCUGCCCCAUUUUAUUCGUCAUACCCACUGAUCACUGAUUGCUUGAAAUCUGGGCUCUACAAGUGGAGAGGUGAAGUCGAUGACUUUAACAAAGAAGCUCCCUAUAUAGAGCUUGUUACUUCCCCAAACAAUCCUGAUGGAUCAAUCAGGGAAGCUGUGUUCAAUGGGAGCGGACAAAUAUUGGUUCAUGACGUAGCUUAUUAUUGGCCUCAGUAUACUCCAAUUUCUUCUAGGGCAGACCAUGACAUAAUGUUGUUCACCCUAUCCAAAAGCACAGGACAUGCUGGGAUGCGCUUAGGAUGGGCACUUGUCAAAGAUGAAGCAAUUGCGAAAAAGAUGGUCAAAUUUAUAGAGAUAAGCAGCAUUGGUGUCUCUAAAGAUUCACAAGUCAGAGCUGCUAAAAUCAUGGAUGUUAUAAACGAUUCAUACGAGGACUCAAAAACCUCAAAUGAAAGCAAACGCUUCUUUGAUUAUGCCCGCGAGGAAAUGGCUAAGAGGUGGAGUCAACUGCGAGAGGUAGUAAACAAAGGCCAAGCGUUUAGUUUGCCUACCUUACCUGUUGGAGAAUGCAACUUCAGCCAUCAAACAUUUGCAACACAGCCUGCUUUUGCAUGGCUGAAGUGCGAGCAGGUAGAUGACUGUGAAAGUUUUCUGAAGAAGCACAAGAUACUGACCAGAGGUGGGGUACAUUUUGGUUCUAGUAAAAAGUAUGUUAGGGCUAGUUUGAUAGGUCACGAGGAAGACUAUAACGAGUUUAUUCGAAGAUUGUCCUUGAUAAACUCUCUGGAGUCUCCGUGA